CAAUAACCAAUGAAACGUCUAUGAAACUAAUGCACCAACGCGCCUGCUCCGUGGAUGAUAACACGUGGUUCUUGGCAAACAACGCAGACGCACACGGUGCUUCAACAAUGGCGGCCGAUGGAUGCAGUUUUUCGUUGGGUCUACCCUGCGUUUUCUCUCCAAAAUCACGCCAAUACCUAGCUUUAUUUUCCCAGGAUGGCAGACUCCGUAUAUGGAACACAGAUAGUAAAAUACUUCAUCAAGAAUACGUGCCUUCAGCCCACUUGAGUGCCACUUGUACCUGCAUAGCUUGGGGACCAUGCCGAAUGGCCAAGGUAUGUGUAGGGGGAGGCAUAGCCAUAGGCCCGGACGAGCAUGCUAGGAAAUAAUGUUCUGAUAACUUGAUCAAAUAUAUAUGAACAUAUUUACUUAAUUAGAUGUAUAUUUGUGGUAAAGUAUCAUAUUUAGUCGUUUACCAUUAUGUAAUGUGAACUGCGUAGCAAAGUAAUUACAAUUUUAGCUUCGCUAGCAACGAGCUAGUUCGUUACCUCAACUGUCCUGCAGGACGCACAUGUUUGUCGCACAUGGUGGUUGUUCCAAAAUGUUUGCCACACGUCUCUUUUAAAGUGUCAUGAUUAAUACCAAAAUCCACUUUUCUGUAAAACAAAUGCAUAUAGUGACCACCAGUAAAAAUGAAUUUGCAUUUCAAAUACGAACACGUUAAAUGUAACUAGCUAUCAAUUUAGCGAACCGUAAAUGGUUACUGGACCUAGCUAGCUAGGUUAGCCUCUCUAGCUAGCUAUUCACCAUUCAUGACGCAGAUUCAGAUUACCAAAUCCUUAUUUUUACUACCCCAAUGGUUUUCUUUGUACAAGCCCCACCGUAACAUAUAACACUACACGAGACUGAUGUUGUAAUGAUUUGAAUAGCAUUUAAUUUUACUAGAUACGUUUGACUCCGUUUCAUUAUCGUUUCACCAUCGUUUCCUAGCCUUGUCAGCUAGCUAGCUAACGUUAUAUACCCACUGACAAUUUACUAGGUAAGUAUGACAAAGUGAAUUAUACCCCCAAUCAGCAUUCCACGGCUUCUGUACCUAGUGUUACAUUGUCACUUCAAACUGUAAGAAUAACCUGUAGGAUAACCCUUUUUGGUUCCUUGUUGUUGAACCUUUAAACCCAACGAAUAGUUAUUUGUUGAAAAGUGUUCCUGGAACCAGAAAGAACAAAAUAACCCAUUGUGGUUCUAGGUAGCAUACAUUUUUAUCUAAAAGUGUAACGUUAGCUAGAUACCAGCGAGUUGACUACACGUAACAUAAUUUGAUUUGUGACCAUAAACGAAAUCGUUUUGACAACAAAAUACCUUUGUGAUUUAGCAUAUGCCAUUGAUGUUGUGGUCUAGUUUCAUGAUUUCAGGUUUCUGUCAGUGCAAGGUUUAAACUUGUACAGUAUGGUGAUUCAUCAGAUCACCCAUAGAUGAGGCCCUCCAAACAGAAAAGGAAAACAAAAGUGGUGUCAAUCAAAGUCAAUAAAAAACGUGAUUGACUUAACUGUAUACUUUUACUACAGGAGGGACCUCUGAGGAAGAAGAGGAAAUCAGAGGCAGGACAUGUGGAGGAGCAGGUGGACUUGUUGGCUCUGGGCACGGUGGUGGGCAGCAUUAUCAUCUACAGCACAGUGAAGGGGGCACUGCACUGCACACUGGUAAGGACUGGGAUGUAGCGCGACUGAAGUAUCAAUCAUAUUCAGAUGAAUGUUGCUUGCUCAAUGCAACAAAAUGGUUGACUUUGUGUUUGAACAUGGUACUUAAAAAAAAAUAUAUUAUGAAAGGCUGCAUUGACAAGUCACUGGGGUUAAAGUUCUGUCACUGUGACGGAUAUCUGUCAUAUGCAUUCUGGAGCGUUUUCUUCUUUUUGAUCAGUGUAGAUCCGCAGUAAAAAAAAUCUCUGGGGUUGUUGGAGAUGACAGCCUAAUAGACAGAAGCUUGUCUGUUCUACGAAAUGUAUUCUCAAAUUGUAUAUACACUGUGUGCACUGAACUCACAUGCGUGACUGUUGAUUACACGCCAAUGUUCAGAUGAAGGGAGUUAAAUAGUUUAUAAUGCGCACCACAGCAGUGCUCAAAUCUGACAGCUGGAUGUAGCCUACUGUAGCUGCAAAGUAAUUCAAAGCCUACACUUUAACACUCAGGAUGUAACGUUCCAGUGGUACUUUCCAUGUAAUGUUAUGAAAACAAAAUCCGAUAACCUCAUAGUAGAAUAGUUUACCUAGUCGGCUUGUGUGUUCUAUGCAAUAUAUAUAUAUUCCUCACCAGGCACAUUCAAGUUCAGAGCUUUAGGAGGGAAAGUUAUUCUGACAAGCAGUCAAUGCACAACAGUUCUUAACGCUACCGCGGGAAAACACUUUUGAAAAGUUUUUGCAUCUGUUAAAAAAAAGAGGGGUAUCCCAGUUUUACAUUGCUACCACAUUUAUUUAGCUGCUCCUGAAAUUGUGUGCGUGGCAUCAUUUUAUAAAUGCAGUUUUACAACCUGAGUUUCAAGCAUGGUAUAGGCACAGCUGUGCAAAAUAGCUAUAUUAAAGGGACAAUGGUGUCUUAAAAGGGCAAUGACAUGCUUUGUAAUGAAGCAAACAUUUUCCAUGUUAAUAAUUACAUUUAUAAUACAACUUAUAAUUAAUAACAAUCAGGAUGUUGUCCAAUGGGGUGAAUGCAUUUGGAGAAACCCCAUGCUUUAGCCUAUGUACAUUUUUAUAGGCACCAUGCUUCCUUUAGUUGGGCUACAGGUGACAAUUCUUAUUGUGAAUAGCACAUCUGAUAAUAUAGACCCCUCCAAACAAAACUCUUGACCUCGAAGCCAGUUCCACUGCAUUUUUUUCAUUGUUCCCUUCAAAUCACGGACUGAUUUAGACCUGGGACACCAUCUGUGUGUAAUUAAUUAUUAGGUAGGACAGAAAACCAGCAGGCUCCUGACCUCUGAGGGUAAGAGUUUGAAUACCCCUGAUAUAGACUAUGCAUGGUCCAAUAUGUUAAAAUAAUUAUAAUUUUUACACGCUAGUUAUUGGGCCCAUUUCUGGAGGUGGAAAUUAUAUUUUAGAUGGGGUCCGCAUCCUUUUAUUUGUUUUAAUUUGAGUAGAAUGUACUUUUAUUAAAAAAAAGAAGUCACCAGGACUGAGAUUCUCAGUCCUUCUACAUAUAAAUUAUCCCCGGGAGGGCCCCACAUCUUCUAAGCAAGGGGAAUGGAAUUGGUCAAACUCAACCGUUUAAUACAUGUACAAAAUUAUCCUUUUCCCUAAAAGCAUGAUGGUCAUCACUUUCUUAGAUGAAAGGGGUGGUUAACCUGACCCCAGACAAUCGAGCUGAGAUCAACUUAAAGGAAAAUUCCACACCAGAGCUCUCUUUUGGUAUUUGUUUCAUUAGUCCAUUGUUGACCGCCCUAAAAUGUUUUGCUUGUCAGCCCUAACCUUUUCAAGAUAUUUAACUUUCAAAAUACAGAAAUCAUCCCCCGUAUGAUGCAUUUCGCAUUAAAUGAUGCAUUAAGGUCCAGGCAUGCGAUUUUUUUUGUUUGUAUUUUUGCUUUAAACAUGCAUGUAAUUUCACAAUUACAUUUGUCGUCAACCUUGCAUCUCUGGUAUUAUAUAAUUAUUAUUGAAAUGUCUGAUACUAUGUCUUUAUCCAUAUUGUAAGCCCUAUGAUAAUUUAUUUGGAGUGAAAUGUUAUCUCACGUUAUUAAGGAUCAUAUUUGACCACUGCUCAUCUCUGCUCCGUCCCAGGAUGGAGGUCACAGUGGCGGAGUGAACUGUGUGCAGUGGCACCCCGAGGACGGCCUGCUGUACAGCGGCUCAGACGACACACACAUCGUAGAGUGGGACCUGCGGACAGGCAAGACUUGCUGGUGGGUACCUGCCCUUUCUGUGGGGGGGGGGGGGGGGGGGGGGGGGUGUUGUUUGUAGAAAUCGAUGUCCCUUAAACAGUAGUCUAAAAUCAGAAGGUGAUUUUAUUUGUUCCCCCACGUUUUCAGAGAAACAACCCAAACAUUUUUUGGACAUUAGACUGUAAAAACACAAGUAUUCCCACGCGUAAUACAGAUAAGUGAUUGUAUACAAAUGUAAGCAAGGUUUGAAAUGAUUGUUUUAGUCAAAUAUUCUAUAUUUUUGGGCCUCUUGCGGUCAAUUUGCAGGCUACAAAUUAUUUGUAGUAGAUUUGUAGGUCCCCUGGCCAUCCGCUCAAUCUAUUUGAUGAUCCCGGUCUUGCAGGGUCUCUCAGCAGUAUUGUAAGGAAUAAGGAUUGUUGGAACGUGGUUUAAAGUAUAGAGCAGUGGGUGCCAGACUCCUUACAAAGGCAAACGUCCAAGAGAAAUCAAAGCAUCUGGAAUAGUUAGAAUGUGCAUCUGUAUCAAUGUGAUUUAGAAUUUAGUAAACCUGUGUCUUGGGUGGUGUAGCAAUAAUUGCAGCCUCCCCCAGCACACAUAUAUAUAUAUAUAUAUAUAUGUAUAUGUAUAUAUAUGUAUGUAUGUAUGUAUGUAUGUGUGUGUAUAUAUAUAUAUAUAUAUGUAUGUAUGUAUGUAUGUGUUGGUGUGAGUUCAAACCUGUCCCACUGCCCAUUGACACUCCAAUCCUAUGUUUUCUCUCUCCAACUAUGUCUUUAAUAAACAAUCUUGGGUGGGUGGGAAUUAAAGGGGUCGGAAUUGUUUCUAUCUGUAUUUUAUGGAAGACCUAUUAAUUGUCCGUUUUCUCAACAGUAAGUGGAAGGCGGACCGUGCGUCAGUGACCAGUCUGUGUGUGAGUCCUGAUGGCAAGCUGCUGCUCUCAGCGGGACAUACCAUCAAGAUGUGGGACCUCAAGACCAAGGAGCUGUACAGGGUAAGUUAGAGGGACCUGUCCAGCAGUGACAUGGCCUACAUUCACAUGAAUUCAUCACGCAACUAUCCAGGCAAACGGACACACCAAGGGUCCUAUCCUCAUGUUCGAGUUCAUUUACAGUGCAUUCGGAAAGUAUUCAGACCCCUUGACUUUUUCCACAUUUUGUUAUAGCCCCUAAAAAUGAUUUAAAAAUGUUUCCCCCCUGAACAAUCUACACACAAUACCCUGUAAUGACUAAGCAAAAAUAGUUUUUUUUAGAGCUUUUUGCAAAUGGAAAAAAAUUAAUGAAAUAUCACAUUUACAUAAGUAUUCAGACCCUUUACUCUGUACUUUGUUGAAGCACCUUUGGCAAGGAUAUAAUAAUAAUAUAUAAUAUGCCAUUUAGCAGACGCUUUUAUCCAAAGCGACUUACAGUCAUUACAGCCUCGUUUGCUUGGGUAUGUUUGCAACUGUAUUUAGGGAGUUUGUCCCAUUCUUCCCUGCAGAUCCUCUCAAGCUCUGUCAGGUUUGAUGGGGAGCGUCGCUGCACAGCUAUUUUCAGGUUUCUAGAGAUGUUCGAUCGGUUUCAAGUCUGGGUCUGGCUGGGCCACUCAAGGACAUUCAGAUACUUGUCCCAAAGCCACUCCUGCAUUGUCUUGGCUGUGUGCUUAGGGUAGUUGUCCUGUUGAAGGUGAACCUUCACCACAGCCUGAGAUCCUGAGCGCACUGGAGCAGGUUUUCAUCAAGUACCUCUGUACUUUGCUCCUUUAAUCUUUCCCUUAAACCUGACUAGUCUCCCAGUCCCUGCAGCUGAAAAACAUCACCAUAGCAUAAUGUUGCCACCAAUGCUUCACCGUAGGGAUGUUGCCAGGUUUUCUCCAGACGUGAUGCUUUGCAUUCAGUCCAAAGAGUUCAAUCUUGGUUUCAUCAGACCAGAUAAUCUCGUUUCUCAUGGUCCGAGAGUCCUUUAGGUACCUUUUGGCAAAAACAAAGCGGGCUGUCAUGUGCCUUUUACUGAGGAGUGGCUUCUGUCUGGCCACUCUACCAUAAAGGCCUGAUUGGUGGAGUGCUGCAGAGAUGUGAGAACCUUCCAGAAGGACAAUCAUCUCCACAGAGGAACUCUGGAGCUCUGUCAGUGACCUUUGGGUUCUUGGUCACCUCCCUGACCAAGACCUUAAAUAGACAGGUGUGUGCAUUUUACAUUUACAUUUUAGUCAUUUAGCAGACGCUCUUAUUCAGAGCGACUUACAGUUAGUGAGUGCAUACAUUAUUUUUUUAUUUUUCAUACCCCCCAGUGGGAAUCGAACCCACAACCCCUGCUCUACAUCCCUGCCGACCAUUCCCUCCCCUGGACGACGCUGGGCCAAUUGUGCGCCGCCCCAUGGGUCUCCCGGUCGCGGCCGGCUACGACAGAGCCUGGAUUCAAACCAGGAUCUCUAGUGGCACAGCUAGCACUGCGAUGCAGUGCCUUAGACCACUGCGCCACUCGGGAGAUGUGCCUUUCCAAAUCAUGUCCGAUCAAUUGAAUUUACCACAGGUGGACUCCAAUCAAGUUGUAGAAACAUCUGAAGGAUGAUCAAUGGAAACAGGAUGUACCUGAGCUCAAUUUCGAGUCUCAUAGCAAAGGGUCUGAAUACUUAUGUAAACUGUUUAUUUGGAAUAAAUUAGCAAAAAUGUCUUACCCUGUCAUUAUGGGGUAUUGUGUAGAUUGAGGGGUAAAACAAUAUUUUAGUCUAUUUUAGAAUAAGUCUGUGACGCAACAACAUUUGGAAAAAGGCAAGGUGUCUGAAUACUGUCUGACUGAACUGUAUAUUUCCAUGUAGCACCCUCAUAACCGUCAAUACAAACGGAUCCAUUGUAGUGCUGACUCCAUUUAGUCGAUUGUUUGGUGAAUGGGCUGUUGGUCGAGCAGUGGCACAUAUAUAAAAAAACAUAUAUGGCACACGAGACACCUGUCUGAGUGGACUAAUCCAUUGCUGAGGCCACUGGGAUGGCAAAAAUGUAUUGUCUUGUUUUGAGCGAUCCUGUCGAUCUUGAGGAAACGCACCUGAUUACGCAUAGAAGUAGGCCUAGGCUACCUGGCCUGCGUGCAACUGUAGGCCUAUAAAUGUGCCCGUUUGCGGAUCUGAUACGAUUUCUGAUUAUAACUCACCAUCACUAAUGAGCUUCUCAAAGUAACUUUUUCUUUGCCUCAAACAGCAGGUAAACAGUCUGUUUUUACAUCCAUUGAGAAUUACACAAUAGUUCCUCAUUGUAGCCUGUUUGAAAAAAUAUUUUCCAGCUCUCUCCCUUUUGAUAACUACUCGGCAUGAAAGGGGAAAAGAAUGUCAUAGUCUGAUCCGGUGGAAACUUCAUAAAAUAGGCCUACCUGAUUACUACUUAUCCCUUACGCAAAUAGCCUACUGCUGUGUCUGUCAGGAGCUCACUGGCUGGGAAACUCUUGAGCUCCCAGAAUAUUUUAUGCAAUGUUGCGAGUUCGGCAGGCCAAGUUAAUAGUUGAUACAUUGUUUCAAGUUCCUUGAAUGCGGUGUCCUCUAAUGGCACUGAUAUCUGGCAGGGGAAGAGGGAACAAGUCCAUAUUCAUCCUAGUCAUCUCUAUUCAGUGAGAAAAAAGGCUGGUUCAUGCUAUGGCCACAGCAAGCAGAAUAUCUUUUUUGUGUAUGAGUGUUACCACCCUAUUUCCGCUCCAGGAGUGUUAGAUUUGGGUCGUGUUCAGUAGGCAACAAAACAGAAACGCCUCUUCAUUGCAGAACAUUUCUGUUGUGUGUCCUAAUGAACACGGUCCAGAUCAGUGAUUACCUCACAAAGGAAGAGGAAAGUAUUCAAACGAAACCCCCUGUCUUAGAGGUCUUCGCCAAACUUACAUCUCCAACCUGUUUUCAUCAGAAGUUCACAGGUCACUCCACAGCCGUGACGACCCUGCGCUUCGCCACCACGCGUCCCCCGGACAGCAAUGGCCUCUACUUCCUGUCUGGGGCGGCUCACGACAGACUCAUCAGCGUGUGGUGAGAACGGACCACCAUAAUGCUUCUCUCAAUAGACCCACUAUACACAGGUUUUUUUUAUUUUAUUGUGUUGCAUGUGAUAUGAAGUGACUCGUUAAAGGAGCUCCUUUGUAAAAGAGACUUGUCAUUUGUCUCGACAGCCUGAUUGUAUAAAGAAUAGGGCUGUCAAAUGAUUACAAUAAUUAGUCAAAUAAUUGCAUGACUUUCUGUAGUUAAUCGAGAAUAAUGGCUAUUUUUGAAUGUGCUCAAAUUUGGUCCUAAAGAAAGAUUUAAAAAGCAGUGUAUUGAGUUACAGCCAUACGUUGCUUUGUAAGGGAAGGAAACACAAAAUAAUCUGUAUCAAACAAAAUGCUCCCCAUGUUUACAUCUGCGGGUUCUUAAAGUCUUAGUUAAACUCUGAAAAAGAAAUUCAAGACUCAAGGCCUUUAAAACAAAGGUCUUAAAACAUGCGACAGAGAUUACUACAGUGUUUCCAUUAUAUUGUGCCUCUGCUUAAAUCUACAAAAUUGAACAUCAAAUAAUACUUGAGGCACUUUCAAGAUGUUAGAGCUAUCCACAUGUGCACCUCUGUUUACGUCAAGAGCGUGUGCCAGUGUGAGUCGGGCCGUUGCCAGAGGAGAGAGCAAGGUAGCCUAUACAAUUUGAUAGACAACACUAACUAGAGCUGGGAUGAAAUGAGCUACACCGACAUUUCACUCUUACGGAAGCAAUUUUGCUUGUCAGUGAUUAGGCUACACAACGUUCCUGUAGAUUUUUGGGUUUUAAAACCAUUAUUUGGUCAACAUUCAUGUGCAUUAACUUGAUUCCUGCAAUGACAGUAUCUGUCCUGUCCCUGUUUCGCUGCUGGCUCUCACUCCCGCCACCCUUAGCACACAGAGUGAAGGGAGAGAUGCAUUCUGGUAAGCAUACUGACAGUUGAUCAGCAUUUCGUAAUGUAUACUGAACAAAAAUAUAAACGCAACAAUGUUUCAUGAGAUGACAUAAAAGAUCCAAGAAAUGUCCCAUACUCACAAAAAGCUUAUUUCUCUCAUUUUGUGCACAAAUGUGUUUACAUUUACAUUUUAGUCAUUUAGCAGACACUCUUAUCUAGAGCGACUUAGUGAGUGCAUACAUUUUCAUACUGGCCCCCCGUGGGAAACGAACCCACAACCCUGGCGUUGCAAGCGCCAUGCUCUACCAACUGAGCUACAGGGGACUACAUCACUUUUUAGUGAGCAUUUUUCCUUUGCCAAGAUAAUCCGUCCACCUGACAGGUGUGGCAUAUCAAGAAGCUGAUUAACCCUUGGCCUACAACGGUCGCGCCCCCGUUGUAGACCAAGGGUCUGUCUUUAAGCUAGAGAUGUUUUUAUUGCUUGGGCUGCGUCUCAAUAUGCCGAUAUCGCCUUUCCACGUCUGCAGUGAAAGGUGGCAGAGCUAGUGCUGUGUUUGUCAGACCAUGAGCCAUCCCGAAAAUCUCACCUCACAAACGUCUGUAGCGUCCGAAUUGUUUGGCCUAAACUAUUAUGAUCACUAUUGAAAGCUGAGACUCUCACGAACACGAUGAGAUUCUCCGUUUUGCCCUAGGACGAGACUCACCUGAAGGUCCCCGGUACCAGUUUAAAAAAUGAAUGGAAGUAUAUAUGGAGAUAGUUUACUGGCUAAAAUAAGGGGAUAAAUGCAUGUUUUAAAAAAUAAACUUUAAAAAAAUUAACAUUUAAACAUUUCUUCCCCCUCUAGACAUAUUGAAAAACAGAUUCACUACAUGGAAUAACAGAUUCCAAGAAUAAUCUUUAUGUCCUUCAGAUAUAGACCAUACUUCCUUUUAGACUUUUCUUGGAAUAUCUGUUGUUCCAUGUAGUGAAUCUGUUAUUCAAUAAGUUUCUAAUGGCUAAUAGCAGGAAUGCCAAAUUCAAUGUUUCAUCCAGUAAUAUAAUAAUUAUUUGGUACCAUAAGGGGUCUGAAAAUUCAAGAUCAAAUAGCUAAAUGAUCCCUGGUAUGACCAUCUUAAAACCAUUCCAUAUGUUAGCUUAGAAAAACCCCUCCCCCAGCUAGAGGGUUAAACAGCAUGAUCAUUACACAGGUGCACCUUGUGCUGGUGACAAUAAAAGGCCACACUAAAACGUGUGGUUUUGUCACAUCACAAUGCCACAGGUGUCAAGUUUUGAGGGAGUGUGCAAUUGGCAUACUGACUGCGCGAAUGUCCACCAGAACUUUUGCCAGGGAAUUGAAUGUUAGUUUGUCUGCCAUAAGCUCCAACGUCGUUUUAGAGAAUUUGGCAGUACGUCCAACCGGCCUCAACCACAGACCAUGUGUAACCAUGCCAGCCCAGGACAUCCACAUCCGGCUUCUUCACCUGCAGUAACGUCUGAGACCAGCCACCUGGACAGCUGAUGAAACUGAGGAGAAUUUCUAUCUUUAAUAAAUCCCUUUUGUAGGGCAAAAACUCAUUCUGAUUGGCUGAGCAUGGCUCCCCUGUGGGUGGGCCUAUGCCCUCCCAGGCCCACCCAUGGCUGCGCCCCUGCCCAGUCAUGUGAAAUCUAUAGAUUAGGGCCUUAUGAACUGUAACUCAGUAAAAUUGUUGAAUGUUGCGUUUUAUAUUUUGUUCAGUAUAAUUGCGGGAAAUACCGUACUGCUAAAGAGGAGACUCAGCUUUUGAGUAUAAUUAUUAACUGAAAUAUAGAGGCAAUGACAACACUUUAGAGUAUAUAAUUGAGAUGAUGCACUAGCGAAACUGAGCCGUGCACGCCAUUUACGGUGAAUCUAGUAGCCUAUACAGUGCAUUCGGGAAGUAUUCAGACCCCUUGACCUUUUCCACAUUUUGUUACGUUACGGCCUUCUAAAAUUGAUAAUUGUUUUUUUCCCCCCUCAUCAAUCUACACACAAUACCCCAUAACGACAAAGCAAAAACAGGUUUUAAGACAUUUUUGCAAAUUUAUAAAAAUAAACUAUCACAUUUACAUAAGUAUUCAGAUCCUUUACUCAGUACUUUGUUGAAGUACCUUUGGCAGCGAUUACAGCAGCAGGUAUUCUUGGGUAUGACUCUACAAGCUUUGUACACCUGUAUUUGGGGAGUUUCUCCCAUUCUUCUAUGCAGAUCCUCUCAAGCUCUGUCAGGUUGGAUGGGGAGCGUCGCUGCACAGCUAUUAUCAGGUCUCUCCCGAGAUGUUCAAUCUAGUUAAAGUCUGGCCUCUGGCUGGGCCACUCAAGGACAUUCAGAGACUUGUCCCAAAGCCACUCCUGCGUUGCCUUGGCUGUGUGCUUAAGGUCGUUGUCCUGUUGGAAGGUGAACCUACGCCCUAGUCUGAGGUUCUGAGCAGGUUUUCAUGAAGGAUCUCUAUGUACUUUGCUCCGUUCAUCUUUCCCUCGAUCCUGACUAGUCUCAGUCCCUGCCGCUGAAAAACAUCCCCACAGGAUGAUGCUGCCACCACAAUGCUUCACCGUAGAGAUGGUGCUAGGUUUCCUUCAGACGUGACGCUUGGCAUUCAGGCAGACGAGUUCAAUCUUAGUUUAAUCAGAUCAGAGAAUCCUUUAGGUGCCUUUGGCAAACUCCAAACGGGCUGUCAUGUGCCUUUUUACUGAGUGGCUUCCGUCUGGCCACUACCAUAAAGGCCUGAUUUGUGGAGUGCUGCAGAUAUGGUUGUCCUUCUGGAAGGUUCUCUCAUCUCCACAGAGGAAUUCUGGCGCUUUGUCAGUGACCAUCGGAUUCUUGGUCACCUCCCUGACCAAGGCCCUUCUCCCCCUAUUGCUCAGUUUGGCCGGGCGGCCAGCUCUAGGAAGAGUCUAGGUGGUUCCAAACUUCUUCCAUUUAAGUAUGAUUGAGGCCUUUCCCAAGUUCUGUGCCUCGACACAAUCCUGUCUCGGAGCUCUACGGACAGUUCCUUCGAAGUAAUGGUUUGGUUUUUGCUCUGAUAUGCACUGUCAACUGUGGGACCUUAUAUAGAUAGGUGUGUGCCUUUCUAAAUCAUGUCAAAUCAAUUGAAUUUACUACAGGUGGACUCCCAAGUUGUAGAAACAUCUCAAGGAUCAAUGGAAACAGGAUGCACCUGAGCUCAAUUUUGAGUCUCAUAGCAAAUGGUCUGAAUACUAAUGUAAAAAAGGUAUUUCUGUUUUAUUUGGAAUAAAUUUGCCAAAAUUUCUAAACCUGUUGUCGCUUUGUCAUUAUGGGUUGUGUAGAUUGAGGGCAAAAAAAAAACAAUUUAAUCCAUUUUAUAAUAAGGCUGUAACGUAACAAUGUGGAAAAAGUCAAGGAAUCUGAAUACUUUCCGAAUGCACUUUAUAGGCCUACGAAAGGGAAGUUUUUGUAGGACAUUACAUUUACCUUUGGUCUAUUGCAUGGCUAUAUAGCUAAUGUGUUGAGUUCCCACCCUCAAGUGGUAAAUGAUGGAGCAUAGGCUAGGCCCUAGGCCAAUAUAAACCAAAAUGCAGGCAAAUGGAUCUCUAAAGAGCAAAAAAAGAUAAACGCACGUCAAAAUAUCCAUCACGCAUUCCCUUACCAUAUUUGAUAAAAUGGCUAACUUAUUUCAUGUCUUACUUGGCACUGUAAAAUGGCAGUCUAGAGCCCUCCCGCUUAGCUACCUUGCUUCGAAAUAUAGCCAUUUGAAACCUGAUUUCACUGAAUGAGGGAAUAAUUUAUAGACUUUAGUUGUAGGCUAAUGUUAGUAUAAUACUUCCAAGAGUUACUCGGUGUGUAGUCUAUUUAUUUAUAUAUUUUUCCAGCCCCACUCUUAACACACCAGAUUCUACUUCUCACCUGGACCUUGUUAAGCUGACACGGGUGUGUUUGAGCAAAGCUGGUUCAAAAGCCUGCACAACCAGCGGCCUAGCUCUCCAGACGGCGAGUUGGCCAUAUGUUUUAUACACUGAGUGUACAAAACAUUAAGAACACCUUCCCAAUAUUGAGUUGCACCAUCCCUUUGCCCUCAGAACAGCCUCAAUUUGUCAGGGCAUGGACCCUACAAGGUGUCAAAAGCAUUCCACAUGGAUGGUGGCGCGUGUUGACUCCAAUGCUUCCCACUGUUGUCAAGUUGGCGGGAUGUCCUUUGGGUGGUGGACCAUGCAUGAUACACAUGGGAAACUGUUGAGCGUGUGAAACCCAGCAGUGUUGUAGUUCUUGACACAAACCGGUGUGCCUGGCACCUACAACCAUACACCGCUCGAAGAUGCUUAACUUUGGUCUUGCCAAUUCACCCUCUGAAUUUGCACACACACAAUACAUAUCUAAAUAGUCUCCGGGUUUACAAAUCCUUUAAUCUGUCUCCUCCCCUUAAUCUACACUGAUUUGAAGUGGAUUUAACAAGUGACUUCAAUAAGGAUAAUAUAUUUCACCUGGUCAGUCUGUCAUGGAAAGAGCAGGUGUUCAUAAUGUAUUGUACAGUAAGGGCUGUAAAUUUGACUAAGGCAUUUUUUCAUAGUGGGAUCUAUAUGGUAUUGUCAUACUAAGCUAGUAUUGAUAUUGAAGCCAAAAUUCUGAAAUUUGAUUAGCUUCUUAGGGUAGCCUAAACAAAUGCAGAUGGCCAACCCCAUGCUUUAGACAUCUAUAGCCUAGACCAGGGUUCUUCAAUUCCGGUCCUAGAGGGCCGAAACACUUCUGUUUUUUAUUUCUACCUGGUAGUUAAUUGCACUCACCUGGUGUCCCAGGUCUGAAUUAGCCCCUGAUUAGAAGGAGAGGAUGAAAAACAGAGAUGUUUCGGCCCUCCAGGACCGGAAUUGAAGAACCCUGGCCUAGACACUAUGCUAGUACAGCCUAGGGAUGGGCAUGGUUAUUCGAAUAUCCGAGCGGACAUUAGUAUUGGAUUAGUUGUGAGUAUUAAUUUGAGGAGAAAUAGACAAGCCCAUUUUAAAGACCAUGACAUUUGAAAUUUCUAUUAAACAGUUUUGAGUUUUUGAGUGCACCGCAUAAAGGUAAACAUAAAAUACAAAAAACGGGGACUAAUGUGUGUCGGUCAAUUGUUACAUCCCUAGCAUUAUUACCGUUAACUUUGACAGCCCUAAUAAAGAACAAAUGUUUUUUACUUCAAAUUAUUUGUAUUGGUCGCUUGGUGCCAAGAACUCAAGGUCAUGUUUACAAAUGAACAAAGCAAAGCCAAAUGGCUUGUCUUUGGGCUGACACGUGUGUAUGUGCUACAUCUUCAUGUCUGUAUCCACCCCUCAGGCAAGUCCAGGAGGACGGCAAUGACAAGAACUCGGUGGUGUCCUUCACCCUGACUGACGAGCCCCAGCACAUUGACCUCUUCACCUCCAACAGCAAGGAAGAGGUUAGUCGACCUUGCCUCACUGGAGGUAGGGUAGGGGGCCCGUUUUACCUAACAAGUGCCAGAUUAAAGUUCACCAAACGUCCCCCUGUGAUCAGUAUCUCGCUUGGAGGGACCCAGGAGCACUGACUGUGGAAGGUUCUCCUCUUUAUCUCUCGCUCAUUCUCCACCCUGCUCUCCUCACAUUUCAUAAUCCUCAUCUCCCUUCUUUAGCACGGUGUGCCCUGACCUAAUGGCCGUGAGAUUGAGAUCUGAGGGGACGAAGGAGCGUAUCCUCUAUAAAAUAUAAAAUAAAGGGUGUUGACCAAACUUUAUUCACUGAUAAGUGCCUCCCUUGGUUCAAGACAUUCCUUAGAAACUGUGUGGGCGUGCAUUUGGGGUCUAAGACAAGGGUGUGUUGUGGGUGAUUUGGGACUGGACCUCUGACACAUGCCUAAUGCUAUUUCUCCUUCUCCUAGGCGGUGAGGCUGGCGGUGGUGUGUAAGGAUGGGCAGCUUCAUCUCUUUGAGCACUUUCUGAACGGGUUAGUCUCUAAAACCGUCCCUUCACAUCACUGGGCAAGGCUGAGUCUUCUAAUGCCUCUGGCACACCAAGGAUCGUAUCCUCAUGUUAAUUUACAGCCACUUAGCAGUCAAUACCACACACCUUUCUCCUGUCACUGGGCAAGGCGGUGUACUUAAAUGGCACUUAGUCUUAUACAGUAGCUGGCAGGGGAAGAGUGAACGAGUCCAUAUUCAUCCACCAUCUCUAUUCAGUGAGGGACAAGGCUGGUUCCUGCUAUGGGCACAGACGUAUAGUAGUAUGACAAUUGCCAAUUUCAGGGAAGUAGUGAUGUUCAUAGUAGGGUAAAGAGAAUCCUAGGCAUCAAGUGGUCUUAACUGUUACAUGGUAGUUACACAGGGUAAUUACAGUGUAGUAGUUAGAUGUUAUAUAGUAUUGACAACUGAUUUUUUUUACUCUGUAAUUAUAGUGCUGGGAAACCAGUUUUCCACAAACGCAUGGAGUAGCUAGCCGAAUAGAAAAGAAGCCAUCCAGGCUCCCCCUUAUUUUUGCCGAACAAGCUCUAUUUUGGUGGCCUCUGGUACAUUCUAUUGCUAGAUAGGUCUUUCAAACUAGCAACCAGGGUUGUAAAUUAACACCUGCCAAAUGUGGGUAGAUUUUGUCAUUGGUGGGUAAGAAUGUAUAUUUCACCAGCCACGUUGGCGGGUGGUUACACAGAGCAUUUAGGAACAUGUGAGCUUUGGAUAAGGUUUAUGAGGAGGUUGGUUGAAUUGACAAGAAAGGCUAUUAGUGUGACAGUCUCGUGUUUCCUGGCCCGUUACAUUGUUCUGUUCACCUGCUAGGUUGUUUUUCAAUGUUUGAGUUUGCUGCAACUGUCUGCUGCUAGAAAGACAUCACCCUCUUGAGAUUAUUUUAAAUCACAGACAGGCGUGUGCCCAAGUUAUGACGGCGCUCCUAGUGGCCAGGGAUUUUAAUGCAGGUAAACUGAAAUCCGUUUUACCUUAUUUCUACCAGCAUGUCACCUGUGCAACUAGAGGGAAAACUCAAGAUCAGCUUUACUCCACACACAAAGACUCAUACAAAGCUCCUGAUUCCUGCUUACAAGCAAAAACUCAAACUGGGAUUCUGGGAUUCAUCCGAUGGCAUUGAGGAGUAUACCACAUCAGUCGUCAACUUCAUUAAUAAGUGCAUUGAUGAUGUUGUCCCAACAGUGACCGUACGUACAUAUCCCAACCAGAAGCCAUGGAUUACAGGCAACAUCUGCACUGAUCUAAAGGCUAGAGCUGCCGCUUUCAAGCAGUGGGACACUAAUCCUGGCUACGCCCUCUGAAGAACCAACAAGGAGGCAAAGCGUCAAUACACUAAGAUCGAAUACUACAACACCGGCUCUGAUGCUCGUUGGAUGUGGCAGGGCUUGCAAACUAUCACGGAUUACAAAGGGAAACCCGGCCGAGAGCUGCCCUGUAACUCAAAACCAAAAUACGAGCUAAAUGCCUUCUAUGCGCGCUUCGAAGCAAGCAACACUGAACCAUGCGUGAGAGCACCGGCUGUGAUCAUGCUCUCCGUAGCCGACGUGAGUAAGACCUUUUAAACAGGUUAACAUUCACAGGGCCAACCGGAUUACCAGGACGUGUAUUCGGAUAAUGCGCUGACCAGCUGGCAAGUGUCUUCACUGACAUUUUCAACCUCUCCCUGACCCAGUCUGUAAAACCUACUUGUUUCAAGCAGACCACCAUAGUCCCUGUGCCCAAGAAAGACAGGUUACAUUGGCGAAAUUACUAUCGCCCUGUAGCACUCACAUCUGUAACUAUGAAAUGCCUCAAAAGGCUGGGCAUGGCUCACACAUCAUCCCAGAAACCCUGAACCCACUUCAAUUGGCAUACCGCCAAACUGAUCUACAGAUGCAAUCUCUAUUGCACUCUACACUGCCCUUUCCCACCUGGAGAAAAGGAACACCAACGUGAGAAUGCUGUUCAUUGACUACAGGUCAGCAUUCAACUCCAUAGUGCCCUCCAAGCUCAUUGCUAAGGUCAAUGGGACUGAACACCUCCCUCUACAACUGGAUCCUGUACUUCCUGAUGGGCUGCUCCAGCUGGUGAGGAUGGGCAACAACACAUCCGCCAGACUGACCCUCAACACUGUGGCCCGUCGGGUGCAUGCCUAGUCCCCUCAUGUACUCCCUGUUCACCCAUGACUUUGUGGCUGUGCACAACUCCCAACACCAUGUUUGCCGAAAACGCGUUGGCUGUGGGCCUGAUCAACAAUGACGAUGAGACAGCCUAUAGGGAGGAGGUCAGAGACCUGGCAGUGUGGUGCCAGGACAACAACCUCUCCCUCAACGUGUUCAAGACAAAAGAUGGUUAUAGUGGAAUACAGGAAAAGGAGGGCCGAACACACCCCCAUUCUCAUCGACGGGGCUGUAGUGGAGCGGGUCGAGAGCUUCAAGUUCCUCGGCGUCCACAUCGCUAAGGCCCUAUAAUGGUUGUAAAGUGGGCACGACCAUGCCUCUUCCCCCUCAGGAGGCUGAAAAUGUUGUCAUGGGCCGUCAGAUCUUAGUUCUACAGCUGCACCAUUGAGAGCAUCUUGGCUGGCUGCAUCACCGUUUGGCAUGGCAACUGCUCGGCAAACGAACACAAGGCUCUACAGAGAGUAGUGCGUAGGCCCAGUACAUCACUGGGAUCAAACUCUGCCAUCCAGGACCUCUAUACCAGGCGGUGUCAAAGGAAGACUCAAGCCACCGGUAUGGCAAAUGGUACCGGAGCGUUAAGUCUGUGUCCAAAAGGCACCUGAACUGAUUCUACCCCUUAGCCAUAAGACUGCUAAAUAGUUAACUAAAUAGCUAUCCAGACUGCAUUGACCCUUUUUGCAUUAACUCUUUUUGACUGCACACACACUGGACUCUACCCACAACCUACACACACUUCCAUACUCAUCAAAUGCGCUGCUGCUACGUUCUUAUCUAUCCUGUUGCCUAAUCACUUUACCCUUAUCUUUUAUGUACAUACAGUGCAUUCGGAAACUAUUCAGACCCCUUGACCUUUUCCGCAUUUUGUUACGUUACAGAUUAAAUUGUUAUUUUGCCCUACAUCUACACACACUACCCCAUAAUGACAAAGCAAAAAGAGAAAAUGUUGCAAAUGUAUUAAAUAAACUGAAAUUACAUUUGCAUAAGUAUUCAGACCCUUUACUCUGUACCUUGUUGAAGCACCUUUGGCAGCGAUUAUAGCCUCGUCUUCUUUGGUAUGACACUACAAGCUUGGCACACCUGCAUUUGGGGAGUUUCUCCUGUUCUAUGCAGAUUCUCUCAAGCUCUGUCAGGUUGGAUGGGGACCGUCGCUGCACAGCUAUUUUCAGGUCUCCGAGAUGGUCGAUAGGGUUCAAGUCCGGGCUCUGGCUGGGCCACUCAGACAUUCAGAGACUUGUCACGAAGCCACUCCUGCGUUGUCUUAGGGUCAAUGUCCUGUUGGAAGGUGGCCCUUCGCCCCCAGUCUGAGGUCCUAAGCGCUCUGGAGCAGGUUUUCAUAAAGGCCUGGUUGGUGGAGUGCUGCAGAGAUAGUUGUCCUUCUGUAAGGUUCUCAUCUCCACAGAGGAACUCUGGAGCUCAGUCAGCGUGACAAUCGUGUUCUUGGUCACCUCCCUGACCAAGGCCCUUCUCGCCUGAUUGUUCAGUUUGGCCGGGCAGCCAGCACUAGGAAGAGUCUUGGUGGUUCCAAACUUCUUCCAUUUAAGAAUGAUGGAAGCCACUGUGUUCUUGGGGACCUUCAAUGCUGCAUACUUUUUUUGGUACCCUUCCCCAGAUCUGUACCUCGACACAAUCAUGUCUCGGAGCUCUACGGACAAUUCCUUUGACCUCUUGGCUUGGUUUCUGCUCUGACAUGCACUGUCAACUGAGGGACCUUUAUAUAGACAGGCGUGUGCCUUUCCAAAUCAUGUCCAAUCAAUUUAAUUUACCACAGGUGGACUCCAAUCAAGUUGUAGAAACAUCUCAAGGAUGAUCAAUGGAAACCGGAUGUACCUGAGCUCAAUUUUGAGUGUCAUAGCAAUGGGUUUGAAUACUUAUGUAAAUAAGGUAUUUUUGUCAUUAAUGGGAAGUGUGUAGAAGGGGUCUGAAUACUUUCCGAAUGCGUUGUAUAGGCCGGGCUACAUGAGGUUGUCAUCCUAUGAUUUGCCUUACUGCACACAAGCUGGGCAUCAUUCACAAGUCAUAUCUUUCACAAGUGAUGCUAAUUAGGCACACAUCAGACUAGUCUUGAUUUACUCUUGUCUACAUAUGCUAAAUAAUGGGACAUUUUGUUUUAGAAUGGACCUUUUUAUCAUGCACCUGUCUCGAAGCGGGGGGAAAAAUACAUGUAAUCUAUGCACUUAAAUAGUGAAUGAGGACGCUUUUCCAGUGGUUCAUUUUCAUGCUAGCCAGGUACGCUAUACGCCUGUUGUAAAGAGAAGCAGUGUGCUAAAUAUUAGGAAAGUUGAGAAGGAAAUGUAGUAGUCCUAGCCUGUAGAAAGCUGAUGGAUCCUCUUUUUUUUAAGAGGCUACCACUGUUUUCUCAUGCAAUUGCAUAGCCUAUAGAAAUGUUGCGCAGCUCUCAUGAAAUGUUUGAUUAGAUUUUCGAUUUGCAUUGCUGUAAGUGAUUAGAGGAACAAUUGAGUGCUGCAUACCUGGCAGUUAGCAAUUUUGGUAGGCUACUAAUGACCAUAAGCAACAUCAGAGCUUGGAGAAGCCUAGUUACCGUUACUAAAUGGUCACAUGGAAUUUGACUGCGGUCAUGACUUGUGACUGCCGGUGUGGCGGUAAUACAGUCACCGUAACAGCCCUAUCUGUGACCAACAGAUGCAAGUCUGUAUUCCCAGUCAUGUGAAAUCAAAAUAUUAGAGCCUAAUUAAUUUAUUUCAAUUGACUUAUUUCCACAGUCAUAUAACUCAGAAUUUAUUUUGGCAUGUUUUAUUUCUUCUUCUCCCGGUUUAUUAAAAAGUUCUAAUUUAGCAUUAUUCUUUACAAUUGCGUUGUAUUAAUUGCGACACUGCAAAGCCGCGUCGCUUCUUGACACACUGCCUGCUUAACCCGGAAACCAGCAGCACCAAUAUGUCGGAGGAAACACUGUACAACUGGUGACCGAAGUCAGCGUGCAUGCGCCUGCCAAAGGAGUCGCUAGAGUGUGACGGGACAAGGACAUCCCAGGACAGCCAAACCCUCCCCUAACCCGGACGACGCUAAGCCAAUUGUGCGGUGCCUCAUGGGUCUCCCGGUCGCGGCCGGCUGCGACACAGCCUGGGAUUGAACCCGGGUCUGUAGUGACUCCUCUAGCAUUGUGAUGCAGUGCCUUAGACUGCUGUGCCACUCGGGAAGCCCAGUGUAAAGAAAUUCAAAUGCAACAACCGCACACUCAGGUACCGAGAGGUGAGGCAGACAGGAGACUGUCAAAUCAGCAGUGUUUCCCUGUCAUCGCGCACUUUGACUGACAGGCGCCUGUCCUCUCAAUAGAUAGCUAGAAUUUGCAUAUCGUUCAUUCUAGAGGUAGAAGGCUCUGCAGACUUAACUGACUAGUGAAUUGCAAAGUAGCCUACUUAAUUUACGUGGAAAAGGUACCCGGUUGAAAACGAUUCUGUAAUGGACUGUAUAGCCGAUUGCUGGCUAGUGGAAAACAGUUACACUUCUUCUGAUACCUAGGUGGUGUUCAGUUGGCAUGAAAUGGAAGGAAAAGGGGAUGGGCCAUCUAAACCUGUCCAAUAAGAAACCAUUUUGUGUUCGGUUGCUGACCGGUUUGUUAUGGUGUGCCAUGCUUACCACGACCCUGUUAGUUUUAAAUGCCCUUCUCCACCUUUACUUUUCUGUAGGCCCUGUAAGAAGCCGCUGUCCCCCUCCUGUACAGUACAGAUGUCUGGGGUUGAGGACAGCCCCAUGCCCAUUCCCUUGUUGGCCGCAGCCCUCACCACGGACACGCGCAGCCUGCUGCUUGCGUACGGCAACUACCUGCAGCCGGUCAUGGAGAGAGUGGUGAGUGGGUCACAGUUCAAUUGAAUACACACUGUAUUCUCCAACACACAUUUUAUUGUAACCUGUCAAGUAGACCUUUACAGCUGAAUGUUGUAGUGCGGGUAGCUUAUAAACGGUUUAGUCUUUUUUUAAAGGCCUACUGAUAUAAUAGGCAAGCAAUGUUCCCAAAUUGAAUGUUGUAUGUGCUAUGGCUUUUCAAUGUACAGAUCACACUUUAGGAAUGUUUUUGCAUUGGUUUCAGCAGAGUACUUUACUUUCUACCCAGUUAGAAAAUGUGAAAGUUAGAAGAAAAAAAGAUAUGCGACCGCUGUGUUAAUAAGGUGAAUUGGUAUACCUCAAUGACGGAAUAUUCUGCUAACAUGCUACCUGUUGCUGCCUUUAGGCAUUAAUGAAUUCUGUGUUAAUCUCAGUAAAUGCAGUCAGACGCCAUGCACAAGUAUCCUUUCACUUCUCCCUUGCCAAGGGCACAUGCUGUCCUGCGCCUCACAGUCAAAUGAUUUAUAGCACAGAAGAGAAAAUACUACACAUUUUUAUUAUUGUACAGUGCAUUCGGAAAGUAUUCAGACACAUUUACUUUUUCCACAUUUUGUUACAUUACAACCGUAUUCUAAAUGAGUUUUUUUUUUUUUGCGCCACAAUACCCCAUAAUGAUGAAGCGAAAACACGCUUCAUCAUUACUUUAAACAUUUAAAGACAAGAAAAAAAACGUAUUUACAUAAGUAUUCAAACCAUUUGCUAUGAGACUAGAAAUUGUGCUCCGAUGCAUCCUGUUUCCAUUGAUCAUCCUUGAGAUGUUUCUACAACUUGAUUGGAGUCCACCUGUGGUAAAUUCAAUUAAUUUGACAUGAUUUAGAAAGGCACACACCUACAGUGGGGAAAAAAAGUAUUUAGUCAGCCACCAAUUGUGCAAGUUCUCCCACUUAAAAGAUGAGAGGCCUGUAAUUUUCAUCAUAGGUACAUGUCAAUUAUGACAGACAAAUUGAGAAAUCCAGAAAAUCACAUUGUAGGAUUUUUUUAUGAAUUUAUUUGCAAUUUAUGGUGGAAAAUAAGUAUUUGGUCACCUACAAACAUGCAAGAUUUCUGGCUCUCACAGACCUGUAACUUCUUCUUUAAGAGGCUCCUCUGUCCUCCACUCGUUACCUGUAUUAAUGGCACCUGUUUGAACUUGUUAUCAGUAUAAAAGACACCUGUCCACAACCUCAAACAGUCACACUCCAAACUCCACUAUGGCCAAGACCAAAGAGCUGUCAAAGGACACCAGAAACAAAAUUGUAGACCUGCACCAGGCUGGGAAGACUGAAUCUGCAAUAGGUAAGCAGCUUGGUUUGAAGAAAUCAACUGUGGGAGCAAUUAUUAGGAAAUGGAAGACAUACAAGACCACUGAUAAUCUCCCUCGAUCUGGGGCUCCACGCAAGAUCUCACCCCGUGGGGUCAAAAUGAUCACAAGAACGGUGAGCAAAAAUCCCAGAACCACACGGGGGGACCUAGUGAAUGACCUGCAGAGAGCUGGGACCAAAGUAACAAAGCCUACCAUCAGUAACACACUACGCCGCCAGGGACUCAAAUCCUGCAGUGCCAGACGUGUCCCCCUGCUUAAGCCCGUACAUGUCCAGGCCCGUCUGAAGUUUGCUAGAGUGCAUUUGGAUGAUCCAGAAGAGGAUUGGGAGAAUGUCAUAUGGUCAGAUGAAACCAAAAUAGAACUUUUUGGUAAAAACUCAACUCGUCGUGUUUGGAGGACAAAGAAUGCUGAGUUGCAUCCAAAGAACACCAUACCUACUGUGAAGCAUGGGGGUGGAAACAUCAUGCUUUGGGGCUGUUUUUCUGCAAAGGGACUAGGACGACUGAUCCGUGUAAAGGAAAGAAUGAAUGGGGCCAUGUAUCGUGAGAUUUUGAGUGAAAACCUCCUUCCAUCAGCAAGGGCAUUGAAGAUGAAACGUGGCUGGGUCUUUCAGCAUGACAAUGAUCCCAAACACACCGCCCGGGCAACGAAGGAGUGGCUUCGUAAGAAGCAUUUCAAGGUCCUGGAGUAACCUAGCCAGUCUCCAGAUCUCAACCCCAUAGAAAAUCUUUGGAGGGAGUUGAAAGUCUGUGUUGCCCCGCGACAGCCCCAAAACAUCACUGCUCUAGAGGAGAACUGCAUGGAGGAAUGGGCCAAAAUACCAGCAACAGUGUGUUAAAACCUUGUGAAGACUUACAGAAAUCGUUUGACCUGUGUUAUUGACCAAAUACUUAUUUUCCACCAUAAUUUGCAAAUAAAUUCAUUAAAAAUCCUACAAUGUGAAUUUCAGGAUUUUUUUUCCCUCAUUUUGUCUGUCAUAGUUGACGUGUACCUAUGAUAAAUUACAGGCCUCAUCUUUUUAAGUGGGAGAACUUGCACAAUUGGUGGCUGACAAAUACUUUUUUCCCCCACUGUAUAUAAGGUCCCACAGUUGACAGUGCAUGUCAGAGCAAAAUCCAAGCCAUGAGGUCAAAGGAAUUGUCCGUGGAGCUCCGAGACAGCAUUGUGUCGAGGAAAAUCUGGGUAAGGGUACCAAAAAACAAGAUUCUCUGGUCUGAUGAAACAAAGAUUGAACUCUUUUGCCUGAAUUCCAAGCGUCACGUCACCAUCCGUACGGUGAAGCAUGGUUGUGGCAGCAGCAUGCUGUGGGGAUGUCUUUCAGCGGCAGGGAAUGGGAGACUAGUCAGGAUCGAGGGAAAGAUGAACGGAGCGAAGUACAGAGAUCCUUGAUGAAAACCUGCUCAGGACCUCAGACUGGGGCUAAGGUUCACCUUCCAACAGGACAACGACCCUAAGCACACAGCCAAGACAACGCAGGAGUGGCUUCGGGACAAGCCUCUGAAUGUCCUUGAGUGGCCCAGCCAGAGCCCGGACUUGAACUCGAUCGAACAUCUCUGGAGAUACCUGAAAAUAGCAGCAACGCUCCCCAUCCAAUAUGACAGAGCUUGAGAGGAUCUGCAGAGAUGAAUGGGAUCAAAUACAGGUGUGCCAAGCUUUUAGUGUCAUACCCAAGAAGACUCAAGGCUGUAAUCGCUGCCAAAGGUGCUAAACAUGUGAAGAGUUUAAAAAAACAAACUAUUAUCCAUUUUAGAAUAAGGCUGUAACGUAACAAUGUGGAAAGUCAAGGGGCCUGAAUACUUUCCGAAUGCACUGUGUAUGUAUACAGUGAGGGGGGAAAAGUAUUUGAUCCCUUGCUGAUUUUGUACGUUUGCCCACUGACAAAGAAAUGAUCGUCUAUAAUUUUAAUGAUAGGUUUAUUUGAACAGUGAGACAGAAUAACAAAAAAUAUCGAGAAAAAAUGUUAUUAAAAUGCAAAUCAAUUUAUAACAAUUUAUGAGGGAAAUAAGUAUUUCACCCCCCUCAAUCAGAUUUCUGGCUCCCAGAAAUUUCACGCUCUUAAAGGGAGUGCUCUUUAUCUCAGCUUGUUACCUGUAUAAAAGACACCUGUCCACAGAAGCAAUCAAUCAGAUUCCAAACUCUCCACCAUGGCCAAGACCAAAGAGCUCUCCAAGGAUGUCAGGGACAAGGCUGGAAUGGGCUACAAGACCAUCGCCAAGCAGCUUGGUGAGAAGGUGACAACAGUUGGUGCGAUUAUUCUCAAAUGGAAGAAACACAAAAGACCUGUCAAUCUCCCUCGGCCUGGGGCUCCAUGCAAGAUCUCACCUCGUGGAGUUGCAAUGAUCAUGAGAACGGUGAGGAAUCAGCCCAGAACUACACGGGAGGAUCUUGUCAAUGAUCUCAAGGCAGCUGGGACCAUAGUCACCAAGAAAACAAUUGGUAACACACUACGCCGUGAAGGACUGAAAUCCUGCAGCGCCCGCAAGGUCCCCCUGCUCAAGAAAGCACACAUACAUGCCCGUCUGAAGUUUGCCAAUGAACAUCUGAAUGAUUCAGAGGAUAACUGGGUGAAAGUGUUGUGGUCAGAUGAGACCAAAAUGGAGCUCUUUGGCAUCAACUCAACUCGCCGUGUUUGGAGGAGGAGGAAUGCUGCCUAUGACCCCGAGAACACCAUCCCCACCGUCAAACAUGGAGGUGGAAACAUUAUGCUUUUGGGGGUGUUUUUCUGCUAAGGGGACAGGACAACUUCACCACAUCAAAGGGACGAUGGACGGGGCCAUGUACCGUCAAAUCUUGCGUGAGAACCUCCUUCCCUCAGCCAGGGCAUUGAAAAUGGGUCGUGGAUGGGUAUUCCAGCAUGACAAUGACCCAAAACACACGACCAAGGCAACAAAGGAGUGGCUCAAGAAGCACAUUAAGGUCCUGUAGUGGCCUAGCCAGUCUCCAGACCUUAAUCUCAUAGAAAAUCUGUGGAGGGAGCCGAAGGUUCGAGUUGCCAAACGUCAGCCUCAACCUUAAUGACUUGUAGAAGAUCUGCAAAGAGGAGUGGGACAAAAUCCCUCCUGAGAUGUGUGCAAACCUGGUGGCCAACUACAAGAAACGUCUGACCUCUGUGAUUGCCAACAAGGGUUUUGCCACCAAGUACUAAGUCAUGUUUUGCAGAGGGGUCAAAUACUUAUUUCCCUCAUUUAAAAUGCAAAUCAAUUUAUAACAUUUUUGACAUGCGUUUUUCUGGAUUUUGUUAUGGUCUCUCACUGUUCAAAUAAUCCUACCAUUUAAAAUUAUAGACUGAUCAUGUCUUUGUCAAAGGGCAAACAUACAAAAUCAGCAGGGGGUCAAAUACUUUCUUCCCUUAUGUGUGUAUGUAUAUGUUACUAACCAUUUGUCUCCCAUAUAGGAAGUGAACACAGCAGAGAGACAUGUGUGCCUGACCCGCGAUGUCCACACCACCAUCUCCCUCUCCAUGGAAGCCACUGUUUCCAAGGUAAGGCCCGACGGAUGCCAUUUUGGUAUUUUGCGCUGUUCUAAAUGGCAUUGGCUUAUUUCUGGUAUGUUGCUCAAUUAACUUACUGAACAUGUCCAAGCAUGAAUUUGUCUGUCCAUAUUUUUCUUUCAACAUUAUGUUUUAAUGAAUAAAUGGGUCCUUUGAAAUGGUGGUGUUUUGAUAGGUAAAAAUUGGAGAACAGUCAGAAAUAACUAUACUGAACAAAAAUAUAAACGCAACAUGUAAAGUGUUUCAUGAUAAUCCAGCCACCUGACAAGUGUGGGUUAUCAAGAAGCUGAUUUAAACGGCAUGAUCAUUACAAAGGUGCACCUUGUGCUGGGGAAACUAUGCCACUCUAAAAUGUUCAGUUGUCUCACAACGCAAUGCCACAGAUGUCUAACAUUUUGAGGGAGCGUGCAAUUACAUGCUGACUGCAGGAAUAUCCACCAGAACUGUUGCAGAGAAUCGAAUGUUCAUUUCUCUACCAUAAGCCUCCUCCAACGUCGUUUUAGAGAAUUUGGCAGUACGUCAAACCGGCCUCACAACCGCAGACCAUGUGUAUGGCGUUGUGUGGGCGAGAAGUUUGCUGAUAUCAACGCUGUGAACAGAGUGCCCCAUGGUCGGGGUAUGGGGAAGGCAUAAGCUACAGACAACUAACACAAUUGCAUUUUAUCAAUGGCAAUUUGAAUGCACAGAGAUACCGUGACAAAUGAUGGUCACAAUAGAUACUGGCAGGUUUUCUGAUCAACCACUUUUUUUUUUCUAAAGGUAUCUGUGAUAAAAAGAUGCAUAUCUGUAUUCCCAGUUGUGAAAUCCAUAGAUUAGUGCUUAAUACAUUUUAUUUCAAGUUGACUGAUUUCCUUAUGAACUGUAACUCAGUAAUAUCUUUGAAAUUGUUGAGUGUUGCCCUGUAUAUUUUUGUUCAGUAUACAUACUCUUGUCUUUCAGGUGAAAACCCCAGUAGUUAACGCCAAGAGCAAAGUUCUAGUCCCUGGUCUUCCCGGUCACCAAGCGCCGGUCAAAGCAUCCUUGGGAUCCGAGAAGAGGAAAAAGGGCACAGACACCAAAGAGGUAUGUCGACAAAAUUGUUGUACAUAAACCUUGACUAAAACCGUCAAGGCCUUUCAAUGUUCAACACAACCUCCAGAUAGUGUUUGUUGCACAAAAAUACAUAUAUUCAACCUGCCCCUCUCAAUUCUGUUGGCGUUUGCAAUAAAAACCUUUUGGAAACUCAGAACAUAAAUCUUGUGUAAUUGUAUCGGAUGCUCGACUAAGUUCUCGGGGCAGACCUGUUACAGAAGAUGUUAGAAUGAGGAGAGUUUUAUUUAUAUUUUUUUACUGAACAUUGUGCAAAUGUCAGCAACAUGCUGAAUUGUGAGUAACUUACAGUUAAAUAUAAAAAAUGGCAAUACAAACUAAAAUACAAUAAACAAUAUCGGCCAAAAGACCCAUUCUGAAAUUUGAAAGAUGCAAACACCUGCAAAAUCGUGAUAUGUGAUCAGUGACGAUCUGCGCACCAGAACAAAGUUCAUCAUUAGUCGUUGCAUCCCAGAGUCUGACAGACGCUAUGAUACCAGUUACAUUAGGUGCGUCUGUCCAUGAGAGAUUAGAUUUUAAGCGAUGACCUGACGGUGUUUCACUCAGCAAUAUGUUUAAAUAAUCAUAUGUACCAUUUAGCAGACGCUUUUAACCAAAAUGUAGUCAUGCGUGCAUACAACUUAUGAAUGGGAGUUCCUGGGAAUCAAACCCACUAUCCUGGCUUUGCAAGCAAUGUUCCCUCAUUUUUUUUCUGCUGACCACAAACUUUAACGCUGUGAACAUUUCUGCCUACAGCAAUCUUUUGCAUAGUUUGUUUUGUUUCGGUAUGUUUAAUUGAAAGUGGCUAAUAUUGUGUUGACUCGAUCAUAUAUCCCAUAGUAAAGGGAAACGUAGUGUUAACUGAGGGGAAACUCUGAACGUCACUCAACUUUCUAAUCUCGUGCUUCUCUGUGCGGGCUGAUAUUUAUUCUGCGCGGAAGUCCCAGGGGAGCUGCACGCCCCGCGCACAGUUUAGAGGGAACAUUGGUUGCAAGCGCUAUGCUCGAAUAACUGAGCUACAGAGGACAUGUUGCUGCCAUUAGGCAUGGAUGAAUUCUGUGUUACUCUGUCAGUAGUAAAUACAGUCAGACACCAUGCAAAAGUAUCCUUUCACUCCUCCCUUACUAAGGGCGAGUGCUGUCCUGUGUCUUACCCAGUCAACGGAGGAGUGAAUACAUUAUAGCACAGCAAAUAAAAUACUAUAUAGCCCUGUAUCUCUUAGCAUCAAACUGCUAGUGUGUUGCCUCCGUCAUUUACUUCACUGUUAACCCUUCCACUGCUACUCAACCUUUUUUCCUCUCCAGAUGUCAAUAGAGGAGCGACUGGGAGAGAUCGACUUGUCACUUGAGAAGGGGGGCGUCAAGGGAGCCCCCUCUCUGCAGACGGACAACUUUGCGGUGCUUUUGGUGCAGGGUCUGGAGAGCAAGGACGCCAACAUCCUCAAUGUGAGUGGACCCUUUUAUUUGUGAAUAUAUGGCCUCCGAUAUGCCAAGAUAAGGCACGAGCAACAUACACCGCAACACGAUCCCUGUGGUGUUCAUCAAAAUUAAUGAUUUUCCUGAUUUGGGUGUUCGUAAUAUCAAAAGGCUCCAGUGAUCAUGUGAUGUCGAAACAACAUUUUUUCACUAUAGUAUUGAUUGUUAAUGCUUGAUGUGAAUGCUUUGGGGUCUUAAGGAAAAGGAUGUACAUGAGUACAUGGCACUAUUUACCUCUGUCAAUUCCCUCAGUUUAGAGGUGGCAUAGACGGUUUGGUUGUUCAGCAACAAAACCGACGCGUGCGUAACUAUGGGGAAAAAUAGAUUGACAACAUGUAAACUACAGUGCGUUUGGACCCCCUGACAUUUCCCACAUUUUGUUACGUUACAGCCAUAUUCUAAAAUGGAAUAUAUAUUAUUUUUUUCAUCAACACACAAUACCCCAUAAUGACAAAGCAAAAACAGGUUUUUAGACAUUUUUGCAAAUUUAUAAAAAAAUAAGGAACUGAAAAAGUAUUCAGACCCUUCACUCUGUACUUUGUUGAAGCACCUUUUGCAGCGAUUACAGCCUUGAGUCUUCUUGGGUAUGACGCUACAAGCUUGGCACACCUGUAUAUUUCUCCCAAUCUUAUCUGCAGAUCCCCUCAAGCUCUGUCAUGUUGGAUGGGGAGUGUCGCUGCACAGCUAUUUUCAGGUCUCUCCAGAGAUGUUUGAUCGAGUUCAAGUCUGGGCUCUGGCUGUGCCGCUCGAGGACGUUCCGAGACUUGUCCCGAGGCCAAUCCUGCUUUGUCUUGGCUAUGUGCUUAGGGUCGUUGUCCUGUUAGAAGGUGAACCUUCACCCCAGUCUGAGGUCCUGAGCGCUUGGAAGCAGGUUUUCAUCAAAGAUCUCUCUGUACUUUGCUCUGUUCAUCUUUCCCUUGAUCCUGACUAGUCUUUCAGUCCCUGCCGCUGAAAAACAUCCCCAUAGCAUGAUGCUGCCACCACCAUGCUUCAACGUAGGGAUGGUGUUGGCCAGUUGCUAUUUUAUUUAACCUUUAUUUAACUAGGCAAGUCAGUAUAGAAAAAAAUAUUAUUUACAAUGACUGCCUACACCGGCCAAAUCCGGACGACGCUGGGCCAAUUGUGCGCCGCCCUAUGGGACUCCCAAUCACGGCCGGUUGUGAUACAGCCUGGAAUCGAACCAGGGGGUCUGUAGUGACGCCUCAAGCACUGAGAUGCAGUGCCUUUAAAACGCUGCGCCACUCGGGAGCCCAGGUUAUAAGCGGUACCUGGUUUUCUCCAGAUGUAACACUUGGCAUUCAGGUGAAAGUUUAAACUUGAUUUAAUCAGACCAGACAAUCCUAUAGGUGCCUUUUAGCGCACUCCAAGCGGGCAGUCUUGUGCCUUUUACUGGAGUGGCUCCCGUCUGGCCACUCUACCAUAAAGGCCUGAUUGGUGGAGUGCUGAAGACAUGGUUGUCCUUCUGGAAGGUUCUCCCAUCUCCACAGAGGAACUCUGGAGCUCUGUCAGAGUGACCAUCGGGUUCUUGGUCACCUCCCUGACCAAGGCCAUUCUUCCCCGAUUGCUCAGUUUGGCCGGGUGGCCAGCUCCUGGAACAGUCUUGGUGGUUCCAAACUUCUUCCAUUUAAGAAUGAUGGAGGCCACUGUGCUGUUGGGGACCUUCAAUGCUGCAGAAAUGUUUUGGUGCCCUCUACGGACAAUUCCUUCGACCUCAUGGCCUGGUUUUUGCUCUUGACAUGCACUGUCAACUGUGGGACCUUAUAUAGACAGGUGUGUGUCUUUCCAAAUCAUGUACAAUCAAUUUAAUUUACCACAGGUGGACUCCAAUGAAGUUGUAGAAACAUCUCAAUGAUGAUCAACUUAAAAAGGAUGCAGCUGAGCUCAAUUUCGUAACAAGAUGAAACUUGCUGAAAUGAGCCACCUACGAUUCCACACAUUGCAGCUUCUUGUCAUUGUUGCUAGUGAGGGUGUGAUGUUUAAACUAAUUUGGGGUCAUAAAAAAAAUCCUAACCGAAAAGCUUUUUCGAAAUCGCAGUACAGUUAACCCAAAACUACCACUAACAUAGCGUUUCCCAAACUCUGUCCUGGGGACCCCAAGGGGUGCACGUUUUAGUUUAUGCCUUAGCACUAUACAGCUGAUUCAAAUGAUCAUCGCUGGAUGAUGAGUUCAUUAUUUUAAUCAGCUGAGUAGUGCCAAUGUAAAAACCAAAACGUUGCAACCUUUGGGGUCACUAGAACUGCGUUUGGGGAACGCUGCACUAACAGGUCCCCAUCCUAAUAAUGGCACAACAAUUUUCACUAAUACGUAACCAACAAUGCUGUAAGGAGGAGAUGUGCGUCUUUAAAAUAGUUUGUCACGGAUAUAAAGCUCUCCGCACGUCUUCGUCGUGAAGUUGGAAAAACGGCAGUGUGACAGAAGCAAUGUCCUUUAUGGCAAUACUUUAAUUUAAAAAAGCAAACUUUGCGAGGUGGAAAUGAGCUACAGUGGCAGUAAGUAUGCUGAAAGGGAGGCACCGUGAGACCAAACCCAUUGCUGACAGAAGGGACUGAGUGAGAAAAUCACAGCGCUGAUUACAGAAAUAAGUGCAGUUGAUAUACAGUAUUUGUCAAUGGUAGAGGAUGUCCGCGUCAAUAACCUAAUGGUAUAUCUAGAACCUAACUACAAGAUGCCAUAUCGAUAAACAGUGAUGGCCCUGAUGGAGAAAUUGUACAAUGAUUGCUCUGCAAGUACAAAGCGCAAGCUCUUAAAAACCAUACUUGGUGAUAACACAUUGUUGGACAUUGAUGAAUAUGCCGACUUGUAUCACUGCAGCGAGCCAUCACAUUGAUAAGAAGUGGGACAUGAAGUCACAUUUACUGAGAACAUCAAGGAGAGGCACACAACCUAAAAUGACUAUACCAUUUGUUAGAGUGGGUGGGGGACAGCAGUAAAGUGAGCGCACCUGGUAGGUAGCCAAGACUGCGGUAGAUUGAACUGCAUUGCCCCCUAGGGGUCAUAUGCAGGACCAUAUCUGAAUUGUGAAUGCACAUUUUAUAAAAUUAUUUAAAAAAUAAUAAUAACAAAAAUGGCAGUUUAAACAUUGAGAAUCUUUGCAUUUGUUACAUCCCUAGUUGCUAUCUGAUGUUCAGAAUCUUAAAUCACGGCUUCCGCCCCCAUCGAUGGGCGUGCAUCAUUUUCAUGACGUUGUCAACCAACCAGUCUUGAGAUCCUUGUUUUAUUUCUAUCUUAUUGUGUGAAGGUAAAUUGGUUAUAGAGUUUAUUGGUCAGUGAGAUCCCUGACCGUUCCGCCUCUUAUUGUCAGUGACAUCCAUUUACAAUUGCCGUACUUGAUAGCACUUCCAACUUCUGGUUUCUCUGACAUCUAUUCUCUGAUGUUGAUCUCUCCUCCGCCCCACAGAAUGUGUUUCAGACCCGGAAGGACAUCUUAAUAAAGAAAACCGUUUCCCGGUUACCUAUCCCUGCUGUCUUGCCAUUGGUGGAAGAGAUCACCAAGAGAAUGCAAGGGCAUCCUUACACGUAAGUGAACACCCCAGAAUCGGUUUUCAUAUCAGAUAUGAUCAGAUCUUGAUUAUAUUGCAUUCUCAUUGAUGCUAGACGAAGACCAUAUAAAUUGUGCCGUUAAAAUCUGUAUUUAUGUUUUAGUAGGCGUUCUUAACCAGAGCGAUUUACAGGCGCAAUUAGGGUUAAGUGCCUUGCUCAAUGGCACGUCGGCAUAUUUUUAUCCUAGUCCGUUCAGGGAUUGGAACCAGCAAACUUUCGAUUACUGGCCCAACGCUCUUAACCGCUAGGCUACCUGCAAAUCAGGAUUUUGUCUGUAAUAUCCAUGUGUUCAGUACCACCUUGGUAACUAAGCAUCUAUAUUCCCCUUGGGUUGUUUUUAGUUAAAUCCAGCGGGCAUCAUUCCUAAACCCUUCACCCUGAUAUUGUUGCCCAAAGGGAACCUAAUUGCACCCCCACUCAACUAGUCUCUCCUCUUCCCAUUUGUCCUACAGGGCAGUGCUGAUGGUGCGAUGGCUCAAGGCUGUUCUCAUGCAGCACACCUCUUACCUAUCCUCGGUGAGUCUAUCCCUGGGUGUCUUCAGCUAGCUUCAAGCCCAAAACAUGGUUUGUUCUGGGGAAUGUAUAACGGCAAUACGGUUACGCUCUGCUAACCAUUAGCUCACAAACUUUUGUAGAGUUAAGUUUUGUUUUUGUUUAUUCAACAGUAUACACUUAUACACUCAGAUUGUUAUUGACACAGGACCAAUGUUUUUACUUCCUCAAAACGAGGAGUGGUUAUUUUUAAAAAUAUUGAUCUAUGUAUGUGUUCUUUCCCCGUACCAGUUGCCAGACCUGGUGUCUCAGCUGGGAGUGCUGUACCACAUGAUCGAAAGCAGAGUCAAAAUGUUCCACAAACUGACCAAGCUGCACGGCAAGCUCUAUCUGCUCAUGACACAGGUACGUCUUGGUACUCGUAGUGUAAUGUUAGUUUUUUUUACUUCACAGUUAAUACCAGUGCUACUCCCAAAAACUACAUUGGGGACAGGGUCCGGAACAAACUUAAGCUGUGUUCGAAUACCCAUACUAACAUACUGUAUAUUACAUACAUAAUGAGUGUAUAUACUACAUACUAUAAGUCAAUUUUAGUAUACUGUAAACUAAUGGUAUGCUUUCAGUUGAGUGUUGUAGCGCUUCGCCUGUCUACCAGAAGUUGAUGCUGUUGCUAUGCAACUUCUUGCUCGCUUGUUAGCAAAUUACUAGCUAGACGUCUUAAGACUUCAUUAGCAAUGUCCAUUGAGAAUGCACAACGACUAUACCACUUAGGUAAGCAAAGAAUAAUCAAGUCAACAAAUGUUGGGUUGUUAGUUAGAUGGCAUAUAAUUAAUAUACUGGGAAGUUCGCUGUAUUAAUAGUCAACUAACGUUAGGUAGCUAAAAUACCGGUACAUACAAGCAAUUGCUGUAAUGAUAUGCUAUGCGGUUCGUAAGGCUAGCGCAGCUAACAAUUUGUCAGCCAAUGUAACUUAAAGUAAUUACUUUAAUACAUUGCUCAACAUUUUAACAUUUUUCAUAAUUAGUUAAAGCAAUGAAUUUGUAUCCGCUCUCGAUUGAGUAUGGCUGCAAAUAUUCCGCCAUUUUCUUCAAAUCUGAAAAUUGUGAAGCCACACCCAUUUUCUGAAGAAUUGCAUUAUGGGCCCCAAAAGCACGGAAAUAGUGUCCACUGCUUGUAUACUUCGUAUUUUGGCGAAUGUUGUACGACAUCCGGGAACUUUUGGCAAACUAACUACAGUACCAGUCAAAAGUUUGGAAACUUGCUCAUUCAAGGGUUUUCCUUUAUUUUUACUAUUUUCUACAUUAUAGAAUAAUAGUGAAGACAUCAACUAUGAAAUGACACAUUUGGAUUCAUGUAGUAACCAAAAAAGUGUUAGAAUAUAAAAUAUAUUUUGAUUUGUUUAAGUAGCCAGCCUUUGCCUUGACAGCUUUGCACACCCUUGGCAUUCUCUCAACCAGCUUCACCUGGAAUGCUUUUUCAACAGUCAUGAAGGAGUUCCCACAUCUGCUGAGCACUUGUUGGCUGCUUUUCCUUCACUCUGCGGUCCAACUCAUCCCAAACCAUCUCAAUUGGGUAGAGGUUGGGUGAUUGUGGAGGCCAGGUAAUCUGAUGCACCACUCCAUCACUCUCCUUCUUGGUCAAAUAGCCCUUACACAGCCUGGAGGUGUAUUGGGUCAUUGUCCUGUUGAAAAACAAAUCAUAAUCCCACUAAGCCCAAACCAGAUGGGAUGGCGUAUCGCUGCAGAAUGCUGUGGUAGCCAUGCUGGUUAAGUGUGCCUUGAAUUCUAAAUAAGUCACUGACAGUGUCACCAGCAAAGCACCAUCACACCACCACCUCCAUGCUUCAUGGUGGGAACCACACAUGCGGAGAUCAUCCGUUCACCUACUCUGCGUCUCACAAGGACAUGGCGGUUGGAACCAAAAAUCUCAAAUGUGGCUUGAUCUGACAAAAGGACAGAUUUCCACCUGUCUAAUGUCCAUUGCUCGUGUUUCUUGGCUCAAGCAAGUCUUCUUAUUGGUGUCUUUUAGUAGUGGUUUCUUUGCAGCAAUUUGACCAUGUAGGCCUGAUUCACAGUCCCCUCUGAACAGUUGAUGUUGAUAUGUCUUAUUUUAACUCUGAAUCAUAUAUUUGGGCUGCAAUUUCUGAUGCUGGUAGCUCUAAUGAACUUAUCCUCUUUAGCAGAGGUAACUCUGGGUCUUCCUUUCUUGUGGCGGUCCUCAUGAGAGCCAGUUUAAUCAUGGCGCUUGAUGGUUUUUGAGGCGGAUUGACUGACCUUCAUGUCUUUAAAGUAAUGGACUGUCAUUUCUCUUUGCUUAUUUGAGCUGUUCUUGCCAUAAUAUGGACUUGGUCUUUUACCAAAUAGGGCUAUCUUCUGUAUACCUCCCCUACCUUGUCACAACACAACUGAUUGGUUCAAACGCAUUAAGAAGGAAAGAAAUUCCACAAAUUAACUUUUAACAUGGCACACCUGUUAAUUGAAAUGCGUUCCAGGUGACUACCUCAUGAAGCUGGUUGAGUGUCAAGAGUGGGCAAAGCUGUCAAAGCAAAGGGUGGCUACUUUGAAGAAAUAUAAAAUAUAUUUGUAUUUGUUUAACACUUGUCUGGUUACUACACGAUUCCAUAUGUGUUAGUUCAUAGUUUUGAUGUCUUCACUAUUAUUCUACAAAGUAAAAAUAAAGAAAAACCCUGGAUUGAGUGUGUCCAGGCCUUUGACUGGUACUGUAUAUUCAUACUAUGACCAAUAAGCAUACUAGAUACUCAUUUUACGUUACAAAUAGUGUGGUUAGUAUGAGUAUUCAAACACAGCUCUAGUCUACUAGUCAAGGGCUUGAUGAUAGGUUGACUAGUUGAAUAUAAUAUGUUCGCACUACAAUAGCUCAAAUAACUUAAACUGGCUAGGGUGCUCGGAGAGGUUUGGGAAACAUCUUGAGAUGGAUAAGACAGUGAUGCCACUUCUACCCUGUAUCGAAAGUGACUGGCCUUUUUGGUGGCCAGGUCAUUGAUGGUACAGUAGCAGUGAAAUGAGAGCCUUUCGAUGGUCACUCUGUCCUUACUGAACCCUGGUUCUCUCAUGCAUAAACAUAUUGUUGAAGAUAUUUAAGGAUUUUUCUAGUUUAUUGGACAGACUGCAGCACCUGACUGCAUGUGCUGCCAUAGAAAUAAUUAAUAGAACGGGUGUUUCCAUUCAAGCCAAUGAUGACAUAAUGGGUGGGCUGGUGGAAAUUGCGAGUGUACCCAUAAGAGCAUAGCAGGAAGUAAAAUACAGUGCAUUCAGAAGGUAUUCAGACCCCUUCACCUUUGCCACAUUUAGUUACAUUACAGCCUUAUUCUAAAAAUGGAUUACAUUUAUUUGUUUCCUCUGCAAUCUACACACAAUACCCCAUAAUGACAGUGAAAAAGGUUUUUAUAAAUGUUUGCAAUUUUAUAAUCAGACCCAUUGCUAUCAGACUAAAUUGAGCUCCGGUGCAUCCUGUUUCCGUUGAUCAUCCUUCAAAUGUUUGUACAACUUGAUUGGAGUCCACCUUUGGUAAAUUGAUUGGACAUGAUUUGGAAAGGUGCACACCUGUCUAUAAGGUCCCUCAGUUGACAGUGCAUGUCAGAGCAAAAACCAAGCCAUGAGGUUGAAGGAAUUAUCCGUAAUGCUCCGAGACAGGAUUGUGUCGAGGCACAGAUCUGGGGAAGGGUACCAAAACAUUUCUGCAGCAUUGAAGGUCCCCAAGAACACAGUGGCCUCCUCCAUUCUUAAGUGGAAGAAGCUUGGAACCACCAAGACUGUUCGUAGAGCUGGUCGCCCGGCCAAACUGAGCAAUCGGGGGUGAAGGGCCUUGGUCAGGGAGGUGACCAAGAACCCGAUGGUCACUCUGACAGAGCUCCAGAGUUCCUCUGUGGAGAUGGGAGAACCUUCCAGAAGGACAACCAUCUCUGCAGCACUCCACCAAUCAGGCCUUUAUUGUAGAGUGGCCAGAAGGAAGUCACUCAAUAAAAGGCACAUGACAGCCCGCUUGGAGUUUGCCAAAAGGCACCUAAUAGACUCUCGGAACAUCAGAAACAUCUACCUUAUGAAACCAAGAUUUAACUCUUUGGCCUGAAUGCCAAGUGUCACGUCUGGAGGAAACCUGGCACCAUCCCUACGGUGAAGCAUGGUUGUGGCAGCAUCAUGCUGUGGGGAUGACUGAGCUUGAGAGGAUCUGCGGUGAAGAAUGGGAGGAACUCCCCAAAUACAGGUGUACCAAGGUUGUAGCGUCAUACCCAAGAAGACUCAAGGCUGUAAUCGCUGUCAAAGGUGUUUCAACAAAGUACUGAGGAAAGGGUCUGAAUACUUGUGUAAAUGUGGUGUUUUUCGGGGGGUUUUAAAUACAUUGACAACAUUUUCUAGCCCUUUUUUUGUUUUGUCAUUAUGGGGUGUUGUGUGUUGAUUGAUGGAAAAAACUAUUUAAUCCAUUUUAGAAUAAGGCUCUAACGUAACAAAGUGGAAAAAGUAAAGUGGUCUGAAUACUUUCUGAAUGCACUGUGUUAAAAUAUAUAUGCUGUGUUUUGUUGAUUCAACUCAACUGACAUUACAAAAAAGGCAUUCCAUUGCCACAUCAGUUAACAUCAUUUGAAUGAACAUUCUACAUUACCAUGAAAGAUUGCAUCACAAUACCAGGCAGCCAUUGCUAGUGUACCCAUGAUUUGACCAGUCAACUACCAGGGUUAGAGGUUCCAAACCUGUUCUAUUUCUGUGUGCUGCUGCAUUGUUGCCAAGGCCAGUGUUUCCCAUGACUAUCAGCAGUCCUGUGCUCAACAUGACAAUGCCGUCAUUGGACAAAUGAAACUGUCCAUUCAGCUUUUCCCCCACCUGUGGCAACUGCUGUCUCCUAAAGCGUUUUUCUCUCUCGCCAGGUGGUGAAAGGUGACAGUGGUAACACAGACGUGGACCACAAGGCCAAGCUUGUCUACGAGGAGGGUAAGGGCACACUGUUCACUUUUUUCUUUUUAUACCUUUAUCACUGUCAAUUAAGCAAAAUAUGUAAAAAGGAUACAAUGUUUUGAAAACAGGAUAAGCAGGAUAGCAAUGGGGGGCGGGGGGUCUCUUACAAUUUGCAUUCCAGCAGAUUUGCAUACCCUGAGUUACACUUGCCGAUGUGCUGAACGGCAGGCCAAAACACGACUGCCUCUCUUGCUGGGCAACCAGCGAACAGCGAUGGUACACAGUUACACUCAUUACAGCACUGUAUAAAAUGCUUUCUUGAACCGCAUAAGAAAUUGGCUUUUGAUUAAAUAAUUAGGGCCGGUAGCUAGUUCCUAUUAGGGCUGGGGGAUAUGACCAAAUUAUCACUAAAUGUUUUAAAGUUUGGACGGUGUUUAACAGUUUUAUGUUUCUGAAUAAUACAUGUUCUAAUUAUGGUUAAUGAGUAGUAGGCUUGGGAGGUAUACUGUAUAUACCGGGGUAUUUGGAAAUAGCCACGGGAUGGUUUUUCAAUACAUUUUAAUAUUUGUAGGAACUUUUUAAGUAAAUACCUGCCGACAACUUGAGCGGUACGUUAGGAGCUAAAGCAGAUCGCGUUCAUUUCACGUCACAUUAUUUUACAUUCUGAAGCUUACCAUAGUUCCCCAGAACAGUUGAGCCAGUCAGGUGUUUUAAAUAGCACAAUGGGGAAAGCGGGAGCAGCUGAGUCCAGCUGUUUGACAGUUUUUUUUGUUUUGUUGCUUCAAUAGUGAUCUGGGACGUGCAACUAUAGUUUUCCGUCACAGAAAAUACAUUAGUGCAACACAUUCGCUACAGGGAGACAGGACGGACAGCUGAUUGUCCUCGCAGUGGCAAACCACGUGUAACACCUGCACAGGAUCGAUACAUCCGAACAUCACACCUGCGGGACAGGUACAGGAUGGCAACAACUGCCCGAGUUACACCAGGAACGCGCAAUCCCUCCAUCAGUGCUCAGACUGUCCACAAUAGGCUGAGAGAGGCUGGACUGAGGGCUUGUAGGCCUGUUGUAAGGCAGGUCCUCACCAGACCUCACCGGCACCAACGUCGCCUAUGGGCACAAACCCACCGUCGCUGGACCAGACAGGACUGGCAAAAAGUGCUCUUCACUGACGAGUCGCGGUUUUGUCUCACCAGGGGUGAUGGUCGGAUUUGCGUUUAUCGUCGAAGGAAUGAGCUGUACACCGAGGCCUGUACUCUGGAGUGGCAUCGAGGUGGAGGGUCUGGGGCGGUGUGUCACAGCAUCAUCGGACUGAGCUUGUUGUCAUUGCAGGCAAUCAACGCUGUGCGUUACAGGGAAGACAUCCUCCUCAUCCUGACAUGACCCUCCAGCAUGACAAUGCCACCAGCCAUACUGCUCGUUCUGUGCGUGAUUUCUUGCAAGACAGGAAUGUCAGUGUUCUGCCAUGGCCAGCGAAGAGCCCGGAUCUCAAUCCCAUUGAGCACGUCUGGGACCUGUUGGAUCGGAGGGUGAGGGCUAGGGCCAUUCCCCCCAGAAAUGUCUGGGAACUUGCAGGUGCCUUGGUGGAAGAGUGGGGUAACAUCUCACAGCAAGAACUGGCAAAUCUGGUAGAGUCCAUGAGGAGUUUCACAGGGUUGUUAGCCCCUUUGAUGUUCCACGAAAUGUACUUGAUGGUAUUAUUCCGGCCACCCUGACCACUCCGUUUAUACAACCCUGUCAUUAGAGAAUAGAGUGGAAAAGCAAUGAAUAUCCAAAAAACCCAGGAUAACCUGUCUGAGUAAUACUGUACUCCCCCACCCCAGACAAUACCUCCCCAAAUGAGGUACAAGCCUAAAUAGAACAUGUUUUCUUUGCACAGUUUGUCUGUGAGAGUGCGGUGUUAAACCCAGAGAUGCCCUUUAAAGUAGAGUUCUGUGUUAGUGAAUCAAGCAGCAAAAAAAUUGAAAAUUAAAAGUGAAACCCAUGUGCAAACGAAAUUAGAAAAGCACCAUGUGUAGAUGUAUAAAAUUAUAUUCCCAGUCUUAUAACAUGUAUUGAGGUAGAAAAUAAAUAACAUUUAUCAAGGCUCUCAGCCAAAAAACUCUCAUUUGAAGUAAGCAAAUCGUAGUAAAAUGACCCCCCCCCAAAAAAAAAGAAACAUCUAGUUGGACGAUGUGACAACGUACAGCCAAGACCACAAAACGACGUCUGUGCAACUUUGAACGUUUGCUGGGUAUAAAUGAUGUUCAAAAUAUUGGAAGUGAAGACGUGGAGCCUUGGAACAUUUACUGUUUGCUGGGUCAAGACAAACAGAUGCGGUAAACAAAUAACCACUUAUUUUUGGGUCAAUAAGAUGAUGUAAACAAACUCAAUAGGUCAAUGAGACAGCAUGGAAAACAAAGGAAUUACGUAAACCCUUAAUAAAAUAAAAAAUGACAAUGCUUUUAAGGCAGGCACACUAGAUGAUCAAAACAUUUGAUCACAUCAAAUAAGGCUGAGUGGGUUUUCCAACUCCUGAACUAUACCGGAAUAGUGCAGUUAUAACUAAACAUAGUUAUACCACAUGUGGGCUACUUACUUACUAUCCACAGUUAGCAAGCAACAGUUGCUGAUCUAUGAGCAAGUUCAAGACUUCUUGAUGUGGCGUUGAAUGUGAGCCAUAGCCAUCUUCUCAUGGAAAAAGUGCACUCGACGAAUGUCACGGGGCCUCUCACCGUCCCGGGGCUUUGGGCGCAGUGACCGGUGGGCACAAUCAGGGGCUUCUCAUCCAUGGCGAGAACAUCCUUCAGCAGGCUGGAGACUAAAUCCGUGGCGCGUGACAUUUCCGCUGACUCUGGGACAGAUACCAGUCUCAGGUUAUUGCGGCAAGAAAAUCCCUCUAAGCUCACACAGCUCUCCUGUACCUUUUUUUCUGAUCCGCAGCAGCCCCCCUGGUAAAGUGCGCGUCCUCGGGCUCUCCGUCUCAGAGCGGUGAUAAAAAUGGGUCUUGUAUGCCGGGUUUUCUCAUUUGUGUUUUUGGCCUUAUGUUUCGUCGACAUGCUGACAUUUGAAAGCAAAGUAGUCUUGGGUAUUACGGAAAGGGAUCACCAAACGAAUAUUUGAGAAUAAAUACAGUUUUGCUGCAAAAUUCACAAACUUUAAGAAUACUGCGGGAGCAAAUGGAAAACACGUCAGUCGCACAUUGCGGCCCCCCUGCGAAUUAACUUUUGAAAUGAAAAGUAGCUUAGUUAAUAUGAAGUGGAAAAAGUAGCCGGCUGAAAAUGUGUCUUAACAGACUGAUGAGCCGGUGCUAAUGGAAAACACUGGUAUUUUAUUAUUAUUUUAAUCCCUUUUAUAAUGAUCGGAACCUGUUAGUGGUAGGGACCUGCACUGUGAUUUUGAUUUUGUGGACUAGGGAUUUUUUUUCUUAAUGUUCCAUCCCAAGUUAAAUGUUACCUGUGUAAAUGCGCUCUAGCUGACGACCUGUAUAUAUUUGCUUUAGCGACUAAUCACAUCAAGCAGCCAGUCGAGAUCCCCCGUCACAGCCACUGAGUAUUUAGCUCAAGUGCGUCGGCAAAAGCAAACAGGCCCUGAAUGUUGACUAAUUCUAAUGCGAAUAUGGACAUUUCCCCCAACAGCAUUUUAAGAGAAAUUGGUGCACUUCAACAAGGGGCUUUGGUACAGUUUAGUCCCUCCCACCUCUCAUUUGUCAGUCCUAUUUCUCCAGCUGUCUCUCCCCUCUUCCUGUGUUAUGACUCCUCUCUCUAUGAUGUAAUAAAGCUGUCAAGUGGUUCUGUAAAGUGUCUCGACUGUGGCUGUGACUGACUGUUGUCUUGUCCCUCCGCUCUACAGAGUCCUCUGACGAAGACAAGGCUUCAGGUGAUGAAGGUCUUCCAGACGAAGAUUCUGAUGUAAGUGGUGCUGAUGAGACACAAAAGGGCUGUGGGUGGGAAGGAAUACAGAUGGAUUGUUAAAUGCCUACUGAAGUUUAUUCGACAAGGUGUUGUAAAGCACAUACACAUUCUCACAGAUCAUUACGUUUAUUGGUAGUUUUGACGCGUGAACUGAAGUUUUUCACGGAGUUGUGGGGUUGACCUGGGAAAUGUGUGGUCUGUGCAGAACUGGGAGGAGGAUGGCAUAGAGGAUGAGACUAUGGAAGACGAGGAGGAUAAAGAAGAGCCGGAGGAAGUCAUGAGGAUGGAAUCCAAAGCGAACGGUGAUUCCGUCAUGAAAACGAGAGCGAGGAGGAGUGACGCGCAAAGGAAACCAAUCUAACAAAAACACACAAAAAUGGACCUGAGAUUUAUAUGUACUUUCAUUUUAUUUUCAUGCUUUGAUUUUUAUUGUCGGAACAAAAAUGGUUUUACAAAAAAAAUAACUCACAAUGGACAGGCAGUGGGUGCGCGUGACCAUGUGAGUGAGGCCACUCAUGUCGGUUCCCGGGACAGCCACUAGGGCGGCAAUGUUAUAUCCCCACAACCAAGCUGAAAGACCCAUAUUUUGAAACUGUUCCAGAGAUUCAAGCCCCACGCUUCUCUCCCCCUCUCCUGCUUUCUCCACUUUUCCUCAGUGGUUCAAGAGUGUGACCACCCCACCCCCACUGCUUGUUCCAGAGAAAAGGUGGCCUUGUUGCCUGACAUGGGGUUGAUCCCAAAUGGCACCAUAUUCCUUACAUAGUGCACUACUUGCUCUGGCCUGUAGUGCUCGUCAAAAUUAGUGAACUAUAUACGGUGCCAUUUUGGAUGCAAUCAUGGCUAAUAGAUCAUGUCCCCUCGCAAUGUAAAUCUGUAUGAAAGGUGCAGUGUUCGUAUGCGUCCCCAGCUACCCACCAGCAUCCUUGGGGAUUAAAUUAAAUUCUUCUGUAAAGUCUCCAACUGAACCCUUUGUUUUUGUUUGUCCUUCACUCCUUUGU